CUAUUUGUAAUCUUCGGCAGAACUGCGUUGUGUCUCAUCGCUAUGUGAAAGUUCAAAAGGAAUAUCGACUGUAUUUCAGAAUGAAACCGACAAGCCCAUCGUUGUCGCUGUUCGUUUCUUGGAUAUUGGUUGUCAUUGCUCUGGCGAUCGAGUACGUCAGACCGUGCUCCGAUGGCGAGGUCCAGCUCGGUAACGAGGGUCAACUCUAUGUGAUUUCUUCUCCUUACUUUCCCGAUGUUUAUCCCACAAACCUCGACUGCGUCUACCACAUGGUCGCUCCAACGGACCGGCGAGUCAGGAUUUUCUUUACCUCCUUCACCCUCGAGAACCCGAACGACCUCGACAUAUGCAAUUUCGACUACUUGGCCAUCUACGACGGCGGGUCCGAUACCGACUCGAGCUUGGGGCGAUUCUGCGGGCCGCAGAACCCACCAGCCACCAUCACCACCGGCAACGAGCUUUAUGUCGUGUUUCACACCGAUUCGUCGAUUCAGAAGACCGGGUUCCGAGCCGAGAUAACCGACGUUCCUCUAGAUUAUGUCGAACCCGUACCGACUCCUGCGCUCGGGUCCUGUCUUCACACCUACACGGAGGAACAUGGCGUCUUCUACUCUCCAAAUUUUCCUGAUUACUACGGCAAUAGUUUACAGUGUACAUACAUCGUGACGAGCAGCAAGGCAGAUAAUACCAUACUGCUCCGAUUCCCAUCAUUUGACGUGGAGGAGUCGAUCAAUUGUGUUUAUGAUUAUGUGGAGGUUCGAGAUGGCGACACGGAAACCAGUGAAUUACUAGACCGCUACUGCGGGGCAUCAUUGCCAGAGAAUACGAUAUCGUCGACUGGUCCUGCGAUGUUCGUGCGAUUCCGCUCUGAUUCGUCGAAUGUCUUCAAGGGAUUCUAUGCUGAGUACGCAGAUUCAGACACUGGUUUUCAAGACGAUGGUGGCAAUUCAAACUCCAAUCAAUUUUCUGUUUGCGACCUGUCUCAUGCGGCACUGACAGAGAAAGGUGGGACCAUCGUUUCUCACAAGUCCUACUCACAGGGAAGCUAUGAUGAUUCACAGUACUGCACCAUCACCAUCAUCGCAUCAAGGGCACAUGAAAGAAUAUUCUUUGAUCUCAUAGAGAAUGACCUUCCGCCAUCAAAUGACUGCGGAGCGAGCGGGGACUAUCUUCAACUCCUUGACGGCGACGCCAGCGCUCAGAACUCGGAAACACUCGGCUUCUUCUGCGGACAAGAUGUCGGACGAUAUACAACCGAGAACUCCUUCGCCGUCGUUCGUUUCAUCUCAGACAGUGUGCCGAACCCCGAACUUGAGGGGUUUAAACUUGUUUAUUCCAUCUUCUAUACAGAUGAAUACGGAUGUGAAAAUGGUGACUGGCAUUGUGAUAACGACCGAUGUAUUGCAAGGAAUCUGAUAUGUGAUGGCUAUGAUCACUGCAGAGAUAACUCGGACGAAGAGAAGGGAUGCAGGCAACUUUCGACGAGGGUAUGGAUGAUCGCUGUGGGUGUUAGUGCUGCCAUCAUCAUCGUGGUCAUAUUCGUUGGGUGUCUCUUUUAUAAAUGGUCACAUCGGAAAUCGGCUUUGAGCCCCACCUACGAAGCUUCGAACCCUACCUCGACUUCAAUGCAAAUGAAUAGCGCUGAUUCACCAAGCCCAAGAAGCAAAACGAUGACCGCAUUUACCAUCUCCAGGAAUGACGAAACAACCACCGAUCAUUCUCCUCGUCGAUCAGGAAAUCGUCGCAGCAACGCUGUCGAACCGCUGGAAACUGCACCGGUCACACCCCCUCCAUCGUACGGAGAUGUUGCCGAGAUCCAGGAGCCGACAUCGUACCUCGAAUUCGGACGACGUAAAAAUAAAUCCGACCACCUAGGUCGAGAGCCGAAGUUAAAACCGUUGUCGAUGUUACCGUCGUCCGAACCGACGUCGGAGUCCUUGCCAACAGGAAGAAGAAACGUCCUGCCGCCGAUCAAUAAUGACGUUAGGUGAUCCACAGGAAUGAAAAGAUGAUCGAGAGAAGUUAUAGCUCAGUUCCUCGGCAGUAUUUAUGCCCUGUUCACAUUUUGUGUGCGGUCAUCGUAAAAUACCCGUAGGGUGGUCGUAAUAUGAUAAUCGUACAAUAUAUUUAAGGUGGCAUACGACGAUCGUGCGAUUUUCGUACGGAUUCGCCAUAAUCGUAUUUUCUACGAUUUGUUAAGCGCGGAGUAUAUUAGAAAAGCUCUUAAAGGGAUCGUCCAGGUUGAAAAUAUUUGUAUCUUAAUACAUAGAGUAGAAUUCAC